GGGGGACCAAUGAGGCAAUGACCCAAGAAAAUCCAUAUUUCUAGUUUUCUACACGUAAAUUCCCUAUCUUUAUCCAUUUUUUAUUUACUACAGUUAUUCAGUGAAAUAUUGUUGGAUGCCAACUCAUAUGACUUUUUACCUAGCCACACGCCUACCACCAAAUGUAUAAAAACCCCCCAAAAUCACUGUCUAAUUUUAUCCAUGCACUUGUCGUUCCUUAAUUUGUGUCACACACAAAACUCACACGAUCUUCCCUCCCUCCUACUUUAAAACUUUAAACCGACUCUUUCAUCGUUUCUCAGAUAAGAAAUUUACCCCAAAUUUCAUCAAUUUAUCAUCAUCAUCAUCAUCAUCACCAUCAUGUGUGGAGGUGCAAUCCUAGCCGGCCUAAUCCCACCACGAAAUGGCACCGGUGGUAUUUCUUCCGCCGACUUUUGGCCGGAGUAUUACUUCACCGACUCCAGCAGCACCAACAACCACCAGAACCAUGCACCUAAACGAAAAGCCUCAGGGGGAAUAAAGCAAGAGGAAGAGACCGAGUACGGCGUCGUCCCCAAAAUCAAAACUCAGAGGCAGAGGAAAAACCUGUACAGAGGAAUCAGGCAGAGGCCAUGGGGAAAAUGGGCCGCCGAGAUCCGUGACCCGAGAAAAGGGGUUCGGGUUUGGCUCGGUACUUUCAACACCGCCGAAGAAGCCGCCAGAGCCUACGACAAAGAAGCUCGCAAAAUCCGAGGCAAAAAGGCCAAAGUCAAUUUCCCCAACGAAGACCACUCUUUCCACCACCACCAGAACAACCACUGUCCUCCGCCCUCCGCCGCCACCACCGCCGCCGCUUAUUACAUUCAUCGCAACUUUGCCCCUUCACACGAACCGCCCAACUACUUCGAUUACGACAACGCCGCCGCGGCCGCCACCACCGUACCUCCGGCUGGGUUCUGCGUAGAUUUCAUUAAUCGACCCCGUGGGGAAAUAGGGACGGUGGAAAUCAAAGACGGGAAAGAGAACAACGAGGUGGUUAAUGUGGAAAACGACGACGUUAGCUCUGAGAAUCAAGUGCAGAAGCUGUCGGAGGAGCUCAUGGCUUACGAGUCGUACAUGAAGUUCUACCAGCUUCCGUACGUAGACGGGCAGUCCGGGGAGGAGGGGUCAUCCACCACCAACGCCGGCGCCGCCCAGGAGGACGCCGCCGGUGCCGGUGUUUGUAUGCAGCUUUGGAGUUUUGAUGACGAUGAAGAUGAACGCCGAGUAUCAAUCUCGCCGGCCAAUCACUCAACGCCGUCGCUGUAACCCCGGCCCCCUGUUCUGAUUUCAUGGUUCUCCACGAAUCUUUGUUUUUCUUUUGUUGUAGUGAGAUUGACCAAAUUUUUUGUUUUAGAGUUGGAAUCAGUUUGUAACUUGUAAAUAUAUAUUACUCAAGUUUUAAUUUGUUUGUCUCAAUUAAUUUGACAACAAUAAAAUAAAAUAAAAUAAAAAACACAGGAAAACCCUGUGUAAUUGUGAUUCAAGUUUUAUUUUGAUUCAAGUAAUCGAGAGCAAUUGUGAAAUUGCCUUUUUAUUUUGAUGAAUUCGAUAUAUAUUUUGGAACGGAAGGAAUAGUAUUUUUGAACUCAGGAACAAAUUAUAUUUGUUUUCCUAAUAUAAUUAAGAGCGUGUCCACAAGGCCGAACAACUGCAAUCUCUUUUCGUUUCAUAGGCUAAUCG